AUUCCAAAGAAUUGAAGAUGUCGAAGAUAUUUCGGGUAAAAAAAACAUCAAAAUCCGGAAAACGAUCUGAAUGACAAACGAUCGUCGGGCAUCAGCGCAAGCUGUCAAGCGCAUCGGAAUUGAAAGAUUCAACUCUUAAGCUCAAUCCGAAUUUCAUACUCUGAGCUCGUUCACCUACUGAGAAACGAAGAUCCGGAAAAUAUACUUUCAACUGUCUCAUGUUCAAUCUGAUCGUGUGGAGCAUGCUUGGUACUGGCACUGGCGAUCUACUAAACCGGCUUGCCUGAUCGGAAUCUUGUAGACGUGCACCAGUUGCCGAUCAAAGCUCUUCGAGUUCACAGCUCAAGAUUUAUAUUCAGGGAUUAGAAUUACUCUAUCCGGAAAAUGCAGCACAUUCCAGCAACUUUGGAGGAACAGUUGUUAUUGAAAGCCAUCAAGGAAGAAUGUCCUUGGGAGAGUCUCCCGAAACGGCUCCAAGCAACGUUGUCCUCAAAAGAAGAAUGGAACAGAAGGAUUAUUGACCACUGUAUAAAGAAGAGACUUCCAUGGAACACUAGUUUUGCCCGCAAAGUAUGCAAAGAAAGUGAAUACUAUGAAGAUAUGAUGCGUUAUCUGCGAAAGAAUCUAGCGCUAUUUCCUUAUCACCUUGCGGAGUAUGUUUGCCGUGUAAUGAGAAUAUCACCCUUUAGAUAUUACUGCGAUAUGAUAUUUGAGGUCAUGAAAAACGAGAAUCCUUAUGAUAGCAUCCCAAAUUUCAGUGCGGCUGAUGCGUUGCGGUUGACAGGAAUUGGCAGGAAUGAGUUUAUUGAUAUCAUGAAUAAGUGUAGAUCCAAGAAAAUUAUGUGGAAGCUAAACAAGUCCAUUGCAAGAGAGCUUUUACCUUCUCAACCUAUCGAUUUCGUCAUCGAACCAUGGUGGGGAGUUUGUCUUGUAAACUUCACAUUGGAAGAAUUUAAGAAACUCUCAGAAGAAGAAAUGGCAACAAUAGACAAAGUUUGUAAGGAGGAGGCUAAUUCAUUUAUUCUAUUCGACCCAGAUAUUGUAAAAGGUCUCUUCAAAAGAGGAUUGAUCUACUUUGAUGUUCCUGUUUAUCCAGAUGACCGUUUUAAGGUUUCUAGGCUUGAAGGGUUUGUUUCCAACCGAGAACAGUCAUAUGAAGACCCGAUUGAGGAGUUAUUGUAUGCAGUUUUUGUUGUUUCAAGUGAAAAUGCAACUGUCGCUGAACUGGCAGCAACAUUACAGGCUGACCUAAAUCAGCUCCAAGCUGCUGCAUCUUUUGCUUGUAGAUUGGGAUGGGCAGUAAAAGUAAUUGAUCCAGCAUCUGUUCUUCAAGAUACAAGCAUACCUAACUCUCCUAGGGCUAUUUUUGCUGAUGAAGAUGCUUCUCUAGCUGCUUCAGGUUCAUCAAACAUGCUUUCUGAUGGCGAUGCUUCCCAACAAGGGUGGACAGAUAGUUUGGGACCAGAUUCUGAUAAUCGUGUUGCUUUUGUUGUAGAUGCUAAUAUAACAUCAUAUCUCAUGAUGGGGUCUGUUUCACCAGGACUGAAAUCCCAUGCUGUAACCUUGUAUGAAGCUGGCAAACUAGGCCAUGCUUGCAUUGCAGAUCUUUGCAAAGAUCUAAGUACCUUAGAAGGAGCAAAAUUUGAGGGUGAACUGCAGGAAUUUGCAAAUCAUGCAUUUAGCCUACGUUGUAUAUUAGAAUGUUUAUUGGUAGGUGGAGUUGCCACCAGUGCCAAAGGAGAGGAGGGAAACUGUGAUAAAUUAGAUGCAGAAGCUUCUGACAACAAUGAAUCCAAAAACAAUGCUUCAAUUGAAAAGUUAGAAUACUUGACUAUGGACGAAGAUCAGAAAUGUGCUGAUGAUUCUAGCUGUUCAGCAGUGCUCCUUGAGGAUUCUGCCUCAUCUGAAUCUCUUAAAAACAGUGCUGGUGAUGAAACGAAUUCUGCAGCCUCUUUAGAUGGUGGAACUUCCUUUAGUCAGGUAACUGACCCAGUUCCUGAUCUCCAAGUUGAUAACAAAUCGAUGCAGAUUGAUGAGCUAGAGAAUGGAGGAGAAUCACUCAAGAGAAGAAAGAAAUAUCAAGUUGAUAUUCUUCGCUGUGAAAGCUUGGCUUCUCUUUCACCUUCAACAUUAAAUCGGUUGUUUCUUCGCGACUAUGAUGUUGUUGUUUCUAUGAUUCCUCUUCCUCCUUCAUCAGUUCUUCCUGGACCAACAGGCCCUAUCCAUUUUGGUCCUCCAUCUUAUUCAUCUAUGACACCUUGGAUGAAAUUGGUUUUAUAUUCAACUGUAGCCAGUGGGCCACUGUCAGUUAUACUAAUGAAAGGGCAAUGUUUGCGUAUGCUUCCUGCACCAUUGGCCGGCUGUGAGAAAGCCCUAAUAUGGUCUUGGGAUGGUUCAAAUGUUGGUGGCCUGGGAGGAAAAUUUGAAGGAAAUUUUGUAAAAGGGAGUGUACUUUUACAUUGCUUAAACGCACUUCUCAAAUACUCAGCUGUCUUGGUGCAGCCCCUUAGUAAAUAUGAUCUCGAUAAAAGUGGGCGAGCCAUUACCGUUGAUGUUCCUUUACCCUUAAAGAAUUCUGAUGGUUCAAUUGUUCAAGUAGGUAAUGAUAUGGGUCUAUCUGAGGAGGAGAUUUCGGACUUGAACUCCUUGUUAGUUGUUUUAGGAAACAAGUUAGAACUGUGGACAGUUGGUUAUAUACGGGUGUUGAAACUCUUCAAAGAAAGGGAGUUGGAAAACUUUUCAUCGGAUGAGAAGAACUAUGAAUGGGUACCAUUGAGUGUAGGAUUCGGGAUACCACUUUUUAGUCCCAAAUUAUGUGAUAAUAUUUGUACAAGAGUGGUCUCAUCCGAAUUACUCCAGUCAGAUUUACUGUAUAAGCAUCAUGACGCAAUGCAGGGAUUGAGAAAAAGAUUACGUGAUGUUUGUGCGGAAUACCAAGCAACAGGUCCAGCUGCCAGACUUUUAUAUCAGAAGGAACAACCUAAAGAAUCUACCAAACAACUCAUGAACUAUGCCAGUGGAAGGUGGAAUCCACUAAUGGAUCCUUCUUCUCCUAUUUCAGGAACUGCAAGCGAACAUCAGAGAAUAAAGCUUGCUAAUCGGCAUCGCUGUCGUACUGAAGUUUUGAGUUUUGAUGGUUCCAUUCUUAGAUCCUAUGCUCUUUCUCCUGUGUAUGAAGCCGCCACCAGGCCGAUUGAAGAAGCACUUCCUGCUAAUAUGUCGAAUUCAAAAGGCGAAUCAGAUGAAGCUGACAGCAAGGAAGUAGUACUCCCUGGUGUGAAUAUGAUUUUUGAUGGUUCCGAGUUACAUCCAUUCGACAUAGGCGCUUGCCUGCAGGCCCGUCAACCAAUCGCCUUAGUAGCAGAAGCAGCAGCAGCCUCAGCAGCAAGCUACAACUAAGUAGGCUUUGCAGCCAUUCUUAUUUGCUUAGAAUGACACACAAGGUAAUGCAAGUGAAGCCGAGCCUAACAAGCGAGAUCGCAUUCACCAUCCAUUUAUAUUAUGAUUUUUUCGUAAGUUUCAUCUUUGGGGCGACUAGACCGAAUGAAAGUUUGAGAUCGGGUCCAACGUAACGAUUACUGUUAACUUUGUUGGCUUAACGUACCCAUCUCGAGCAUCUUGCCCAGGCGUGCAUUUAGCGUUUGUAGUUUACCAUUACCCUGGCUUGUUAGUAUCCAUGAUUUCAAGAGAGUUCACUUCAUUCUUCUUCUUUUACCAAUUGUAUCUCAUGAUAGCUUAUAGAUGCUGUCUGCCAAAAUGGUCUAUUUUUUUACCAAUGAGAUUUUUAACUGACCAAAGAGCUAUUUUCUUGCUUGUUAAGCCUACUUUUUCAUUCA